AUGCCAUUUCUUGAAAACCCUACAGGCACUGGCAAGCUGAAACAGGUGGUACAGGAGCUCAAGAAUACGUCGUACUAUCCGAAUAUCGCAGUCCUUGGAUCUCGAGAGCUUUUGUGCGUGAAUGAAAAGGUGUACAAGCUCCAAGAGAUACAGCAAAACUUUGCAUGUCGCUUGACUUGUAAAGACAGAAGAUGUAUGUACAAGCUGAGCUUUGACUCAUAUGCAAAGUGGUUAAAGCAUCAAGCACAGGCAAGGAAUUAUACACUGAAGGAGAAGACGGUGGAUCACACUGGUAUCGGCUAUCUGAAGCGAAGAUUGCUUUUGUGCCGUACAACUAUCUCAUUGACCCUUGGCAUGGCGUUCGGUCGGUAUUUCCAUCGAAAACUCCAUACUGAUCUUUGGCGAGGCACACAAUGUGUUCAGCACCCAUUUCUUUUUAGCAUAUCCAUCACCAAACGUUCAGGUAGCUAG